CUAACACUCUCCAUCUUUAAAACACCAACAAAUUCAUUACACCCCAUUUUCCAUCUCUCUCAAUCCACUCACCCUUUUCUCCGACCAUCGUCGAAAAAUACAACGAAAUUCAGAUCAGAGGUCUCCAGUCCGAAUCCCGAUCAGAACACAUCCAAUGGAACCACUCACUCUGUUCAUCGGAAUCAUAGGGAAUGUCAUCUCCGUGCUCAUGUUCCUCUCUCCUGCGGGGACAUUUUGGAGAAUUGUAAAGAACCGCUCGACGGAAGACUUCGAGGGCCUGCCUUACAUUUGCACGCUGCUGAACGCUUCCUUGUGGACGUAUUACGGCGUCAUCAAGCCCGGAGCUUACUUGGUCGCCACCGUCAACGGCUUCGGCAUCGUCGUCGAGAUCGUCUACGUGGCGCUCUUCAUCACCUACGCGCCCCGCAAGAUGAAGGUGAAGACGGGAACCCUAGUGGGGAUUCUGAACGUAGGGUUUCUAGCGGCGGCGAUGGUGGUGACAUGGCUGGCGUUGGAAGGAGAAGCCAGAAUCGACGCCAUCGGGUUCAUUAGCUCCGCCUUGAACAUCGUCAUGUACGGCUCACCGCUGGCGGCCAUGAAAACAGUGGUGACAAGCAAGAGUGUGGAGUACAUGCCAUUCUUGCUCUCCUUCUUCCUCUUCUUGAAUGGUGGGAUUUGGACAUUCUAUGCCUUCCUCACCAAAGAUCUCUUCCUUGGGGUGCCGAAUGGGACGGGGUUCUUGCUUGGAGCCGCACAGCUCAUUCUUUACGCAAUGUUCAGAAACGCUAAGCCAUCCGCCUCUGGUUUAAUUAACACUAAUACCACUAAUUAUGGAAGCCUGGAAGAAGGAGGGCAGCGUGAGCCCUUUAUUCCCACACCCCACCAAGAGAUUCGUUAGUAAUUAGAGGUUAAUCUUUUUGGAAGCAGAUACGGUUUAAUUAAUUAAUUAUGAGUUAAUGUAUGUGUGUGUAUGUAUGUAUGUAUAAGAAGGAAAUGUAUGAGGGAAGGUUAUAUGUAGAGCCUUGUUUGUUUGGUAAAUGAUAAAGUUUUAGUGUGUAAUGCGAAGUUAAAAAAUAUUUGGUUGGUUUAGCUAGAUGAUGGAAUUGGAUGAGUUCAUUUGAGAUUGUUUGGAUGGUGCAUUUGUGAAAUGAGGUAAGCCUGGUUUAAUUGCUUCACGGUUGUCUAAUCUGACAAAAAAAAAAAAAAAAAUUGGCAUACCUCAUCUCACAAUUGCACAAAGAAAACAUAUCAUUUAACAA